AGGUCAGACGCAGCAGCGCUUCCCCUCGCGAAGCGGGCAUGGCAGACACGGAGGCGACCAGGAAGGCAGGCACCUUCACCUCCUCUGCCCUCAACUGUCGCCUUCUUCCUCCUCCACCCCCCGCGGGCACCCCGGCGCGCUGCCCCGGCGGACAGCGGGCCGGGUCAGGCUGGGCCGGGGGCGAGGCGGGCGGCGGGGGCCGGCGAGCGGCGCGGUGGGCAUUGCCGGGCCGGGCCGGGCCCGCGGGCGGCCUCCCCCGGGGCGACUCCGGGCUCCGGGCUCCCGGCUCCGCGCCCGGCCCGGCGGCGGCGGCGGCGGCGGCAGCGGGAACGCGGGCGCCAGCUUUCCGCGGCCGGCCGCCCGCACACACCCCCGGCCGCCGGCUCCCACCCCGCCCGCCGCCCCCCGCCAUGAGCGCCGCCGCUGGCUGCAGGCAGAGUCGCUGCCGCCCCGGCCGCCGCUGGCUCCAGUCCGCCGCCAUUAUUCUUUGUUCGCUGCGAGCGGCGGCGAUGGUGUGGGGCUCGGGCGGAGGCUCCAUCUUUACCGCGGCCCCUCCUGCGAGGGGAAGGCCCCGAGCGCGGGUGUCCGGCGCCUCCCCGUCCCCCCUCCGUCCCCCCGGCUCUCUCCGGCUCCUGCCUCCUCCUCCUGCUCCUCUUACCGGUGGUACAAGCUCCUCCGUCACUGCUUUCGUUCGCGGCCCGGAUCUCGCUGGAGUUUUAUUCUCUCCCCCACGUAACACACCGCGUCAAACUACACCUCCGCCGCGUCACUCACCAACACUCCGCUUCUCCCAGCCGCCCGGGCCACAGGCAGCAGCAGCCGCCGCCGACUGAGGACUCGCAGCCAGGGAGCCAGCCAGCGCCGCCCAGUGCCGAGUGCGCAGCGGCCGCGCACGGAAACAGCCGAGCUCGGCCCGGUGGAGCUCGAGCGGCCCCGCCCUCCGCUCUGGAGGCGGAACUUGCCGAAGACCUUCGGGUUCCCUCGGGCGCGGCGGAGGGGUUCCGCGGGAUGAGGGAAGGAGAAGGUGGGCUGGGGCGGGCGGCAGGGUGGGGAGGAGUGGUCUACGUCUCCUCGCCGGGUAUAGACGGAUAAAACCGGCAGCGGAAAUUUGCAGGAAGAAGUUGGGCUUGUGUGUGGCCGGGUGGGGAAUUCCCGAGGGGUGUCGACGGCUUGUUGGAAACCCCCGCGCCGGCUGCCUUUCGGCGCCUGGAUCAUGGUGGGUCCACUAAAGCAUUGCCUUCUUGUGGGGCCUGGUUUCAACAUGGCCACGCUCUCUGCCAUCUCUGUCUCAGUUCCGUAUAACCUGAAAGAGAUGAAGACUUCUUU